AUGGAAGAAGAACCAAAUCAUGACCAAUUUUUUGAUAAUAAUAACACUAUUAAUCUUUUAUUAUUCAAUUAUCCUGAAGUUACUAUCCCUCAUCUUAUGGAUGAAUUUUCUGACCAAGAUGAUAUUACACUUCAUCAGGGAAUUUAUGUUAAUACAAAUAAUAUUAAACAACAACAAAGAGACUACUUUUUCAAAAGGAUUAUUCAAAAUAAUGAAUUAUGCACAAAGCCAAUGAAACGGUCUUUUGAAGAUGAGACGUUCAUUCAACCAAUAACCUCUCCUUUUGAGUCAACUGAAGAACAAGAAAGUUUUAUUAGUUCAAACUAA